AUGGAUGUCUACAAAGUCCCAACUUUGACGACCUUGACGCUCAGCGCUGUGGUCUUGGUUGCUAUCUACAAGCUAAUCCUUUACCCGUUGUUCUUACAUCCCCUGAAGCACAUCCCUUCAGCCCACUGGUCAAUACCAUUGUUUGGAGAUCUUUGGAUCUUGUACCAGCGAUGGCAGUGCAGGAACAAUGCGAUAACCUAUGCUGCUCACCUGAAGCACGGCGAAGUGGUCCGACUUGGCUAUAAUGAGCUCAGCGUCAACUGUGUCGAUAACGGAAUCAAGACGAUAUAUGGACAGGGUUGGGAGAAGCAUCCAUGGUAUCCUCAACAAUUCGCCAGUUAUGGUGUUUCUAGCAUGUUUGUGACUCUCGGUCACGGACCUCACUCGCAGAAAAAGAGAACAUUGGCCAAUGUGUACUCGAAAUCGUACCUGCAGUCCUCCGACCAAGUAGCUGCGAAUUCGCGCGCCCUGCUUGCAGAGCGGGUGCUCCCAGCGAUCCAAUCAUUCGCCGACGCUGGUCAAGUCAUUGAUGUCCAUGAUCUUGACAACGCAAUGGCGAUGGAUUUCAUGAGCGCCUACCAGUUUGGGAUCGGCAAUGGCACAAACUUUGUGCAGAACACUGCAGAGAGGAGACACAUAUUGCAUCACUACCACGGCCGCAGACCGUAUGAGUUCUAUUCCUCGGAAUUGCCAUGGAUAAAGCCGCUGUGCCGAGCUGUGGGUAUACAUCUCAUCCCCAGACAAUUCGAUGCCUCGAACGACAUCCUUGAGGAGUGGCUACGGAGGAUGUGCAACAAUGCGGACCGUACGAUGAAUCAGGCAGCCUUGACGCCGGGCCAGGAGCCGAUCGUGUAUAAGCAGUUCAAGCAAGGUCUGCAUAGCAUACGGAACAAGAAUCCGCACGCUGGCAAGGCAUACGAUGAGCUUAUCCUGCCGACGGUCUCGGAUACCACGAAUCCAACACAGCUCGAGGUUUACUCCGAAAUGCUAGAUCAACUCGGUGCUGGACACGAGACCAGCGCCAUGGCCUUGACGUACUUGUGGUACGAAAUGAGCAACAAUCCGUACCUUCAGACGCUGCUCCGCAAGGAGAUCCGAACUCUGUCUCCACGCAUCGUCUGGCCGACCACGAACGACACUACUAAUGCCUUCGACCUACCCUCGCCGAAGGAUAUUGAUGCACUUCCGCUUCUCAAUGCAGUCGUCCUCGAAGUCCUUCGCCUGCACACCCCAAUCCCAGGUAUCGAGCCCAGGGUCAGUCCGUUCCCAGCGCCUCCUGGCGGACACACGCUCGGCUCCUACACUGGCAUACCAGGCAAUGUCCGCGUCAGCUCCAUGCCCUACACACUUCACCGCAACGGGGCCGUCUUCCCAGAUCCAGAGACAUUCAAUCCACGUCGCUGGCUAGAUUCUUCGCCUGAAAAGCUGAAAGAAAUGCAUCGUUGGUUCUGGGCGUUCGGCAGCGGUGGGCGAAUGUGUAUUGGCAGUCAUCUGGCACUGCAAGAGAUCAAGCUGAUUGUCUGUACGAUACUGGGCAACUGGGAGGUCAGCGUUCCAGAUGGAGGGGAUGCUGGAAUUGAGAAGAUUGAUGCGUACACUGUAAGGCCGGUGAGCAAUCAAUUGCUGGUGGUGUUCAAGGCUGCGAAAUGA